AGGCAGGCUCAGCUCACAGAACAGGGAACUGCGGCUGCAGAGUGACUGUGACUGGCUUUUCCUUUGGACCUGCCUGGGCUUGUUUCAAGGGGUCCCGGUGAUCCAGGGGCCGCUCUGCCGCACAAGGAGCCCGGACAGCAGCAUCAGGCUUCAGGGACAGUGCGCAGGACCUGCCGGAGCUGUUCCCUUCAUCAUGAACCGCCUGGGGGUCCGGGACUCCGGCUAGGGGCACAGAGACCAGAGACACGAUUGCCCCUUGGACCCCAUCUGUGACAGCCUCCCUACAGUGCAGACAGACAGGGGGCAGUGUGGCUCCCCCACAUUAGCCCGAAAACUGUCACUGGAUACUUCUUUUUAUGUCCCUGUUUCUUUUUUUUUUCUUUAUAUUCCAUUUCUCAGUUCCGAUAUUAACCCUCACACCCUUUUGCACCAUUACUGGCAGUGCCCCUCCAGCCUGGCUGCUGGUGUAUAUUGUAGUCUGCUGUAAUUACCCUGUCAUCCACUUGUAAUAAAGACCUCUGGAUCUCCUGCCUGAUAACUUUGCACCUGUUAGACAAGUGACAAUGACACCACUGGCGUUCUGCCCCCUUCUGCUGGUACUGCUCCUACAGCAUGGAACUGGCACCCAUGGCAGUAUCACACUGGAAACCCUCCCUAGUGAUGUGAAGCAAGUCACCUGUACAGGGGAUCUGCUUUGUGAAUCCAAAGGUCUGUGGUGCAUGCCUGGGGACUUACACGUAGCAAAAUAUCCUGUUCUGGUACCAACCAAUAUCAGCUCCAAAACCGUGAAGAACUGCACUGUAAAAGGUUGCUCGCUCUGUCUGCAGGUGACAAUGGACAUAUCUGUGGCUUUUAUAUCAGAGGGAGCAGAAAAUUUGGGAUCUGGUAGCUGCGACCACAGUGACGAUUAUUACUAUCAAUAUUUCGAUAGUUACGAGUUUCCUGAAAGUGAAGAAGAGGAGGAAGACGAGACAACAGCAGUUAAUCUUAAUUUGGUGCUUAACAAUUCCAAAAACGGCUCCGUCCUCUGUGCUAACCUGUAUAUCUCACAGUCCAUGCCCAGCAGCCUUGACUGUUAUGAGGUGAAGGUUUCGCUGCCCCUGUCUUCUGUCCCACAAAGAUUGAACACAGACAGUGUGAUAGUGGGUUCUCUGGUGUAUAACUGUUUUCAGGCAAGUCCUGGCGGCGACAUGACUAUAAUGUCAUAUACGGUCCCGAGGUACUUCGAUGUGAUUAACGUGACCCAUGAUUUUCCAGAGUGCACAGAGCUGGACCCAGACGAGAACGUGCUGGAGUGUCAAGCUCCCACUAUGAACAUGGUUGUUGGUGAUCCGAUUUCUAUAGGUAUAACCAACGCUACAGACGAUCUGAAUGUCACAUUAAGGCGAUUUUAUAACUCCGUAUUCAACGCAAAUGGUACUGCCAUUAUUCUAAGUAGAAACCAGCGUUAUAGUUUUCCAAAAUCAGACAUUGUCCCUUGUUUAUGUUUUCAGGCUUAUUAUUCUUUUUGGCAUGAUGCUGUCAGAACCUUACGGUGUCCGUUCACAAACUAUUCGGAAGAGCUAACGCUGCGUAGAAGUAGCCUCACAGUGACACUGGAGGAUAAUAAAUUGUUCUACGAACUGUCUGCUCCUUGUAAUGUAACGGCUGAAUUUUCACUGUGCUGGAGAUCCAGCGACCAUUCAAAGUGCACAGAGAUUCCGCACUCCAGGAAAACGUUUAUGAAUGAGCAAAAGGAAGCUAUUGAGUUGGAGCUGGUAGACCCAUCCAUCUGUGUCCAGGUGUCGGUCAAAGGGAAAGUCUUGCACGCUAACUGCUCACUGUAUGAGGGGACCCGACAGAAGAGUAAGGAAGAGGCCAUUGUACAUGUCUCACAUCACAAAAGUACCAUUUCUCUCUGCCUAGUUCAGGAGAACGGCUGCACAAUUUUGUACAACACAACGCAUCAGCCUUCGAGAGCCGCCUUUUUUCCUGGACAUAUUGGGACAGCAAAUACCCCUAAGGAGGGCACCGGAGCCAGUAUCCAGAUGGGAGAGAUGAGAAGAGGCUCUGGAUUCCUAGAGAAGAUGAUAGUGGAGGACGUUAUGUCUGAGAAGUGUAGGAAGAUCUGGAAGUCUGGUCAAGAUGGUUAUGUCUACGUCUGCUCUCUGGAUAAGUAUAUGAGAUCGCGAUGGAAUUGGUCCCGGGUGCUGAGCCUGAUAGCCAUAGCCUGCGUGUUGCUGAUUCUGCUCCUGAAUAACCGGCAUCUGAAAAAAUGGAUAAAGUCAAUGACUGAGGAAAAAUCCCUUGGUGACAUUUUUGGAGAUCGAAGGGUGCUGAUUCUCUACUCACCAGACAGCCCAGCCUACGUGGACCUAGUCCAGGCGUUUGCCUCCUCCCUGAGAGAGCUUAAGUUGGACGUGGUAUUGGAUCUGUGGCACCACGUCGAAAUGAGUAAAAUGAACCCUCUGCCGUGGUACCACCGGCAAAAAUCUCUUGUUUCUGAGAAGAAAGGGUUAAUAAUCCUGCUGUUUUCCACAGGAGCCCAGGAGAGAUAUAGAGCCUGGGAGGAAGAGAAACGACAUCAGGUUAACGAUUGGGAUCCCUAUAGUUCAUUUGGAGCUGUGCUGAAUUGUGUACAUUCUGACUUUGAUGUUGGGGCUGCCAAAGGACUCUACGUGGUGGCCUACUUUGAUGUCUUCAGCCAAAACGUUAUCCCUCAGCCGUUUACGUCUGUCCCUGCUUAUACACUGCCUUUAUACCUUGUAAAAUUAUUACGUGAGCUUGCGGGGGACUCCGUAAAAAAGCUUGGCAGGAAACAAGUUAAGCGACUGUCUGCUGAAAUCAGUGACAGACUGCAGACACCAAUGAAGGUGUUCCAGCACUCCAUGUUUAGGCAGACAGACAUAAGUCAGACUAGCAGUGACACUUCAGAAUCUGUGGCUUCUGAUGGGACAGUGGCGGUGGAGUUACGACCCCUCAUGAAUAUAUGACUGGAAAGGCAUUUGGACUGUGCUGUGUGCAUUCACCAGACUGGAAGGCGCUGUAGCAGAGAACUCGAGGGCAAACCUUAUGUCGAAGUGGGCAACAGUGUUUACUAAUGAUACCGAAGAAAUUAACCUAUGAUUCGGAAAUGGGCAUUAUGUGUCUUGAGUAAUCAAGUACAGCACAUUUAAACCUCCAGUCCUACAGAGACUUAUUUUUGGUUUACUGUCAUUUAAACAGCAAGUUUUGUAUCUCUGUAAUAUGCAGCUGAUCUUCGUGUUGGUCUUGGUCAUUUUCCUAGGAUGUCCUCCUAUAGUUCAGUGUUCCCCUUGCACAAUCGCCCCGUAGGAAGGCUAUGGAUAUGGUUGCCAUUGCAAAAAAAGUAGUGUCUUUUGGCUAGAAGUAUUUGGUUUCUUCUCUCUGCCUCUUUUCAUGAGGAGAGUGUUACCGAAUCACUCAGUCAGAGUCAGUCAGACACCGAGUCCCUCAAUGGUCACCUGAUGGCAGAUGAAGGAGGGGGGGGAGGGAUUAUACAUAAUGAGAAAAAAGGCAUUCUGUCAAUACAUAUUACAAUAUGAUGUGACAGUGGUUGCCAUGGUAAUAACAGCUGGGAAACUGUAAACCAUUAACAGCUGCUUGAUGGAAAAAAUGUAAAAAGUAAUUUACAGUAUGCUAAAAAAAAUCAGACGACACAUUGAUGUAACUUACAUUUAUUAACGUGUACAUUGUACACUUAACUUGCAGAGUUAGUUUAGAAUUACAUAAACAUUUACCCUGUUUAAAAAUAGAACUUCUUAUUAGAAUUUAAUUGGUGUGGGGCUUCCUGUAUUCCAUAGAUAUCAUCAUGCUGCUUGUCUCAGUGACCUACUGGCCUUGCAUACCAAAGAUGGGUAACGUGAUGGAGGAUGAAUGGAUUGGUGGGAACUGACUUGAAUAUUUCUCCUAGCUUGGGAAGCUGGGCAGGCCAAAAUGACUUUAUUCAUCAAUAAAACUGUCGGGUUCAGCUGUUCAGUCGUCGUUCACCACUAGGACCUCUAUGGUCACCCUCUUUUUCCGGCAGGCUUGGCCGCUGAGUGAAAGGCAGUAGGGAUUACCAGAUUCCAGCACACUGUAGUAAACUUCACACCUCUUGAAUUCUCAGAGGUUCAAGAAAAGCAGAAAUUCCAUUGUACUAAGAGACACCAGCAACUUCAGAUUUGCCACUUUGUCCAUUUGUCACUUAAAUAAGCACCUCCUUUCACUUCGCUCAAAUUAAACGCACCUGUAUUUGUAAUCCCUAAUGUAAAAGCUCCACUUGGCGGCUCUAUCAUAUCAUCCAUGUGCCACUUAUUCCUUUUACUGCAUGGGAAGCAGAUAUACUGUAGGAACUCCUCUUGAUGUGGAACUGUGGGCUAACUGGGGGCUUGACCUCUGGCAUACCAGAGUUUCUUAGUGUUCAAUAAGUGUAUCUGUAAAAUAAGCUCAUGUGGCAGAUUUUACUAUCCUGCAGCUCCCCUUCACCCAAAGUAAAAUCCGCUACACUGUGACUGUCAGUGACUUCCUAUUGGAAGUCCUACCUGUCAGUCAUAGACUCCACAGGCAGUCACAUUGGGAGGUGUUUCCUCCUCUGGGACUACCAGACCGGGCAGCGAUAAGCAGAGAGCUGGCUUCCUGUAGGAAGCCACUCCCUGCCUUUUGCGCAGCCCAAUACGGCUUCUGUGGGCUGCAGCCGAUGCAGUCCAUAGAAGCUGGGGGUUUGCACAGCACAAGGGGCACAGGCAUGCCUCUGAUGGACCAGGCCAUGCCACAUUUGGGCAUUUUUUUAAAGACAAAUCCCAAUUUUUAUGGCACUGCAACAACUUUCUUCAUCCCUUCCUACGCAGCCGCUCCUUAUUUCCUCUCUUGAUCGUUAUAUGUCUAUUUCCCCUGCACACAUGCAAUACAUGUUAUACCAUGUUGCCACGGACAUGUCGCCCGUAGAUUGUUGUAAGCUAUCCUGUUAAGUAAAUUGUACGUAUGGUUACUUCAUUGAAGGGUCUAUGUACUAAGCCUUGGAGAGAAAUAAAGUGCCAGCCAAUCAGCUCCUAUCUGUCAUGUUACAGGCUGUGUUUGAAAGGUUUGGUACAUUUCCCACUUAGCAUUCUAUGUACUAAGCCCUGGAGAGUGAUAAAGUGAAGAGAGAUAAAGUACCAGCCAAUCAGCUCAUAACUGUCAUUUUUCAAAUACAGCCUGUAAAAUGGCAGUUAGGAGCUGAUUGGUUGGUACUUUAACUCCAUCCAAAUAGACCCCUUAAUUGCUUAUAUUUUAUUCAUAAUGUCUUUUGCACAAUUCAUGUUUUCUCAGAUCUGCAUUUUACUAUUUUAUUUUGACUGCUGUUUCAUACAAAUUUAAAAGAUAUUUAAAUGAGAGAAAAAGGGGGCGUUUACAUAGAAAAGGGGCAGCCACAUUGUGGGCUGAAGAAAUACUCAAUUACUAGUUUCUGAACAUCUUUGAGGCAUCAGGCAUAACAAGCCUCAUGCCUCAGUGAUUUCACAAGUCUGUUAUAAUUGUAUUUGCUUCUUGCUGAUGAGUAUUGAUUCUGCCCACAAAAUGGCCGCCCCACUGUAUAUUGAUAAGGGCCACAGCUUAGGACUUAUUUAUGCGCUGAUAUUCAGCGCUAUUCUCAUUUAUCUAGUUAUGUCAGUUUCUGUGAAACGAUCUGCAUAUUAUUUGCUUGAAUUUUCACACAUCUGUGAAUGGAAUUACUAUGACUACAAGUCUUUUUUGCGUUUCUUAUGUGGCAUGAAUAUAGUUAAACAUGUUUGAUUGUUAUUCAAGGCUAACUGGGCAUCUGUAACUCCAUUUUGUGACACAUGAAAUUUGUAACUUAAUUUGUUUGGAUGAUGAAGAAUUAGAAAAUAUUUUAGAUGUGUUUCAAAGCAAAUGA